AUGUGGUCUCUGCCCUUCAUCCCGUAUCCGCCUGCUAAGGCUGGAUUCUGGAGUCCUGUCACUUCCACUCUCAACUGGUGCGAGGAGGACUACUAUGCCACCGUCUACGCCGCCGAGAUUGUCAACUCCCUGACCAACCUGCUGUUUAUGUGGCUGGGCAUCAAGGGUAUCAUCAGCUGUCGUCGCAAUGGACAUGACCAGGUCUUUCUGGUUGCCCUACUUGGAUACCUGAUCGUCGGCACCGGCAGCUUCCUGUUUCAUUCCACCCUCAAAUGCAAGUCUUUCGACACUUUAUCCUGGUCGCGACUGGUCGACGAGCUCUCCAUGAUCUACACCACCUGUCUGAUGUGCUAUGCCUCGUUCUCCUACUCCCGCCCUACCGGCGUGCGUCUAGUCCUGGCCAUUAGUCUACUCAGUCUGGCCGUCUUCAUCACGCUCUAUUACCAUUAUCUCCAGGACCCCGUGUUCCACCAAAAUGCCUACGCCAUCUUGACUUUCGUAGUGGUGUUUCGCAGCAUGCACACCAUGGAGGUUACUCUGCGGCCCAAAUGGCGCCGAUCGCGCGAGGAAGACCGAUUGGAACGCCAGAGAAAUGGCGAGAAGGUUCCCACCAAGGAGCGCCAGCAUUACGAGAACGUGCGCGACACCAAGAUCCUCAAGACGAUGUGGUUCAUGGUUACUUACGGGCUGAGCAUGUUCCUCGGCGGCUUCUUGAUCUGGAACUUGGACAACCAGUUCUGUUCGCAGAUCCGCCGGUUGCGCAGGACCGUUGGCUUGCCGUGGGGUAUUUUCCUGGAGGGGCACGGUUGGUGGCACAUCAUGACUGGCAUUGGUGCAUACCUAUACAUCGUUUGGGGCAUCUGGCUUCGGCACUGCCUGAACCAACGCCAGGAUGAGUACCACCUGCGCUGGGCUCACUUCUGGCACAUUCCCGAGGUGAUCCGUACAACCCCGGGGUCCGAAAACGGGGUGGCCAGAGACAAGAAGUCCACCUAA